AGGUGUAAUUCCACAGCGUUAAGGGUUAUGACAGGCAAUAAAAUGCACUUAAAUACUUUUUGUUUGAUAUAAGUUGCAAUGUCACGAAAGAGGUUUAUUCCAGAUUACAAUGCACUGCUCGGCUAAAUUAUUGCUCCAUUCUGCGCUUGAGUUCAAAACAGAAUGCACGUUUAUUGGCCAAGGUACCUUGUAAUCAAACAUUGUGAACAAGGAUCAGCAGGAAAAGGUCAGAGAAAGAAAAACUGAAACAAUAAGCCGAGACAAAAUGAUCAUUAAACUCCACAUUGACCUUGAGUCAGAGUACGAUAACUACAGUACAAGUGUGUCAUUCUGUAAUGCAGCACUGUCCUUGACGUUUGCGCACAAAGUUUAAUUUACAAAGAGUCCACACUGCGUUUUAUUUACCAACUGUAGCUGUGUUACGGCAAUAAAAAGAUCAGCUAGCUUGAUCCAGGGUGUAGUUUGUGCACCUAAUGGAGAACUGGGUUUCAUUUCUGGCAGGCAGACUUUAAAGUAUUUGCUCAGUGCCUGCCACGCUAUCAUUCUCAGCUUUCGGAACAGAGGGCAACUUAAACUUACAAGUAAGGACAAAAAUUUAACAAGGGGAUUGUAUUUGCAAGUAUUUGGAGUGAACCCAAUCAUUCAGGAUGGAUUCGACUUCUCUGCGGUACAAACCAAUGCUGGAGACAUUUAGUGAUAAAGCAGGAUUAAUAGAAGAUGAAGUGCGGCCUACCGAAAUGGUCCCAGUAUUUUGCACAAACUUUGGAACUGGUGAUUUUUCCUCAGCCCUUUUGAAAACGAGUUCAAGUGGAAGACACCAAGAUUUAUGUUCCGACGACAUUUCGACUUGUGGAUCGCAUGGAAGCGCAAAUCAAGAAACUGUCGCUAUGUCAUUUGGGGCAGUGCAAAUCCCUGCAAACCAACUUCAAAAUGAUAGUCAUACUUCUCAAUUUAUUAGCUAUCGGAACAAUCUCUGCACCAGAGGUGAAUACCCCACAAACCCCUCACUUUAUCAACAUUGGCCACUAGAAUAUCCCCGGGCAGCACCUGUUUCGACUCAGGCAAAUCCCAACCAUCAGGACAUGCCUACCUGUAACUAUUCUCAGAACGCUAGAGCACCGUUUGAAGGAGGAACACUCAACAAUGCAAUGCCGGGUGUUCCAAGGGCUUUAGCAGUGGGACUAACAACGCGCUGGUUAACAUCGCAGAAUCCUGCUCAUAGACAAAGAAAGAAGCGGAUCCCCUACAGCAAACAGCAAAUCGCUGAACUGGAAAUGGCUUUUGAAAAUAAUCGAUUCCUCACCCCCGAAGUCCGAUUAAACAUUUCGUUUAGGUUAGGUUUAACAGAAAGACAGGUGAAGAUAUGGUUCCAAAACCAGAGACAGAAAGAAAAAAAACUUCUUCGCGUGCAGCAACUGGCAAAGCCAAGUUGUCCUGGACUGUGAAAUACAGCAACUUUCCUCAUGUGCACAAUUGCUUUUUAAGAGUCACUAAACGUGUAUACUGAUAUACAAUGGCAAAGUCGCCUCUGCUUCAACAUAAACCCAAACGGGAUUAUUGGGCCUUUUAGCUUUUAAUUUGUUUUGAAGUUGAAAUAGUUCAUAAAUCUUUACCUUGCGUUAUAGUGAGCUUCAGUUUGUUGUGCUAAACACUUAAAAUAAUGUUGAUUCUAUUAAUGGUGGUGAAUACGAAAUAUUGAUACCAAACGAAAUGUUUUGCUUUAUUUUCCAAAACGCUAAAUACUCGUUUGCCAUUCAUUACACAUGUGAGUAUAUAUAAUUGGACACAAGUUAGUUUAAAGUUUAGUUGUAAUGUUUAAAGAGCAAUAACAUUAUUAUAGGUUGCAAAAUAAACUGUUUCCUGAAUAGUAUACAAAGCUUUUCGGAUUUGAAAUAGUUUGGAACACAUAAUUGUUCAAAGUAAGGGCGUGCUGUAUUUGAAUAAAUUUCUCAAAUGCAUGAAAUCCUUACUCGCACAACAUUGAAUUCAAAUUUACAUUCACAAUGGUUUGUUACCUUUCUUCAAAACAAUUCCUUAUUAAUUCGCAGGUUUUAAUCAAACAAUAGCUUGAAAAUGAUUAAUUUUGUCUACUUAAGACAGUGUUGUGCUGAUUGAAAGUUUCGAAGCUGUAACACUCAUAAUAACAUGUGUCUGUAUACAGAUUAUGUCGUUUCCUCAACACUUCAUUGUGUACCUGCUGUGCUCCUCUUGUGGGCAGUUUUAAACAUUAUACAGUUCAAAACUUCCCUGUUGAUUUGUCGAUCAACGCACGUGCACUUUCUAAAAUAAAAAGUAAACUUGCACUGAUAUUUCGUUUCAGGGUUGAGGGUAACGCAAUGUUGUAAUAUUGCUAUGGAAGACUUAGGUCACGAAAGUGAAAUUGCUCCUGAAUGAUUUAUGUGUAAUUCUGCAACAGCUUAUAGUGGAACAAAUUACAUUAUAUUUUGCACAGACAACUGGAACAUUGGUCAGCCAUGUUACUCAAAUGUAAAAUAUAAACAUUUGAAAAUCUCUCCCAGAUGUAAUACGUACUUACAUCAAAUUUAGUCUCAAUUGUCUCUGCAAAUUUAUCUAUCCAAAGCAUGUCAAUUUAAAAACAUUGUUGUUGCUUGUGGUCUUGGUUUAAACGCUGAAGGAGGGGGAAAAAAAGUUGGUCCUUGAUGAUUCGGACCCAUUGGCACCCUAUUGCUAUUUUAGUGGUCAUUUUAUCCGCUUGCAAAAGCCAUAUGUCCGAGGUGCGUUUCAGAACCUGGAAGCGCGAAUUGAAAUCGCAGCUUUGGUCCAUCGUCGGUAUAAACAGCUUAAUGAGACAGUUACAGGUGCCAGAAAGACAAAAGAAAACAUCAAACGCAAGCCUUAGGUUCUCCCACGACAGGAAAUGAAAUAUGUUGCCAUUCUAUUCCUGGGUAGAAAUUCCUUAAAUGGUUAGGAAAGUAAUAAAGAACAAACAUAUUUUGAGUAAUUUUCGAGAAAACUUCAUGGAUUACAUUUCGAUAACUGUUCGACAUGGUCAAAUAUUUUCUUUUAAAAAUUUUUAACUAAAUAAUUAUUUGCAAUUAAACUUGCGGGAUUUUUUUAAAAGUUAUUAGGUUCUGACUUGCA